UUCCUCCCUCCUCCUCCCCCCCACUUCCUCCUCCUCCGCCGCCGCCUCCCCUUCCCCCAUCCUAAGGUAUGCAGGACGCCUGCGCGUGAGCCCCACGUCGUCUAGGACUUACCCAGAAGGCAGCGCUCCACGCUCAGGUCAAAAUGGCGGGCCGACCUGCAGUUGCAGCAUCAAGCAAGUGGCUGGAUGGUUUUCGAAAAUGGUAUUAUAAUGCUGCAGGAUUCAACAAACUGGGGUUAAUGCGAGAUGAUACAAUAUACGAGACUGAAGAUGUGAAAGAAGCCAUAAGAAGGCUUCCUGAGAAUAUUUAUAAUGACAGAAUGUUUCGAAUUAAGAGAGCUCUGGACCUGACCAUGAGGCAUCAGAUCUUGCCUAAGGAGCAGUGGACAAAAUAUGAGGAGGUAGAACAGGACAAAUUCUACCUUGAACCUUAUCUGAAAGAGGUUAUUCGGGAAAGAAAAGAGAAAGAAGAAUGGACAAAGAAGUGAUCUUGUAGUUGAGAUCUGUGGAUGUGCCUGGCCUUAGCAUGUUUUUAUGAAGUUUCAACUUGAAUCACAAUUUAAGAAUUAUUUGCUCUGCAGAGGCCUCUCUUUAAAUAAAUGUCUAUUGUAACCAUU